GUCUCAUCAUCAUGGACUUCAGAAACGCUCCAAAGAAACGCACUACAAAUUUCCGCGAAGACGAAACAAGAUUGCUGAUCCAGCUAUGGGGUAGUCCCACUGUUCAGAACAAACUUUACCUAACUCACCGUAAGGCUCCGGUAAUGAGGCUGAUCGCCAGCAAUAUGCAACGGCACGGCUUCUUCCGCACCCCUGACGAAAUCAAGACAAGAAUUAGAAAUUUGAAGUGCCUCUAUCACAGGAUUAAAAAGUCUUUGGCGGGACAUGGAAUUGGUACUGUGGAUCCGGAUUGGCCCCAUUACAAAGCUAUGGAUGAUAUUUUGAGUAGGAAAAACGCUUUGAGGCAAAGUUUGGUUUAUAAUCAUAAUUUGUUGAGCGAUGUUGCUAAUGGGAAUAUUAAAGAGGAAAUCGACGAUAUUGAGCUUAUGAAUGAUGAUGGGGAUGAUUAUGAUUCGAAUAGUAAUGGGUACUAUUCCAGUUCGGACGACGAAUUCGAAGAACCCUCUUCGCUGAUGCCUUCGACCAUCACUCCGAUGAUUAUAGAAGACGACGACAAUAAAGUUGUAGCCCACCCCAUUAAAAUCGCCCCUAAACCUGUAGUAACAACCUCAGCUCAACCUCUGACGAUGCCGCGCAUACAUAUAGCGAAAAAUCUACUGGCAACUCCAGCUACAAAACUAGUACCAACGUCUGCUACUAAACUAGUACCAACGCCUGCUACUAAACUAGUACCAACGCCCACGCCUAAACUACAAACAGCGACGAUAAGUAGUACCAAUAAAGGCAACAUGCCCUCUUUCCCUUUUUUGAUUUUGAACAAUGGACAAAACGGACAAAAGACUGUGAUUAGUAAUGGCAAUGGACUAAAUGUUAAUAACAAUAAUAAUAAUGCUGAAGUUUGCAAUUUACUUAAGGAACUUUUGAUGGUCCAAAAAGAAAAUCUUGGACUUGGCAAAAAAUCCUUGGAAAUCGAACAGCAAAGACUUGAAGUGGAACGCCAAAAGUUGGAAUUCGAACGGACACUUGGUUCUCAGCUUUUAAAUAUGGUACCUGGCUUAGUGGAUAUUUUUCAAAAGGUUAAUAAAAAGGAUGAGGCCCCAAUAAUAGAAGUGGAAGACUCGAAAAAUUUCGUCGGACAUCCGAACUUCAAAGAUCCUGUAAGUUUGCUUAAAAAUAGUCAGGACUUUAAGGAAGCUAUAUUGGAUGGGAUUAAAAAGUUUAUGCAACAAGGUGCUAGUGAUACGGAGGCUGUAACUGAUAGUGCAUAAGAAUUUGUUUAAUAAUUAUUAUUGUAAAUAGAUUUAUUGUUUUGCUGAGCACUUAUUUAUUUUCAUUUUUAGUUUGUGAGAUUUAAGUUCCAAGCAUUCCACAUUUGUGAUUAGUUUUUAGGUAAAUUGAUUUGUUUGAUUUUUGUGAUAUGCUCAAUAAACCACAAACUUAUGAU